CAUUCAAUUCCCAGGAGGUGAAAGGUACAGUGAAGUUUCCCAUGCCUGGGAGCCUUACUUCUGCUCUUGAGGACAUAUUGAUUGAUUGGCAAUCAUGGGAAACAUUUCCACUUUGGAACUUGGUUGCAAAGUCCCAGGACUUGACUGGCCAUUGACCAACCAUGCCGUGAGCCUGGUAAUUAACACUGCUGCCCCAGGGAAGUGGAGACACGAUGUCCUUAACCUAAGCACUCCGUGUCUAAUAAAUCCAGGACAGGAGGAGAGUGUUGUCUUGUUGGAGUCCAGUGGCUCCUUCUAUGGUCCUAACAUGGGGCCAUCACUGAAGCAGAGAUGCCCUGCAGAUCUUGGCCUUACAAGCAGAUGUUGGCUUUUUGAACCUCUAUAUUUUCACAACACAAACUGCUGUUAGCUUCUGCUAAAGUAAUGUGACAUUUUGAUUUCCUCUCCCUCAGGCUAUAAAAUUGGUAUUAAAAAUUUAUUGAUGCCUGAAGUGAGAGACUUCUGGGAAAAAUUAGGAAGCUAUGUGGCCCCUGAAGAAGAAGGGGGUCACGUGGACCUCUUUGUACCACUUGGAGCAUCAGAGGCAGGAAUAGAAGUUCUUUCUCAGCUGUCUCAACUGACUGGCACGUUAUUUACUGCUCCCACUGGGAUUGCCACUGGCUCUUACCAACAUGUUCUUAGUGACUGGCUGGGACGACAGUGGGAAACGGCACCCCCUUCCAUCUACUUCAGCGAACCAAAGCUGCAGACAUGGUCCAGCUUCACCGACUUCCUGGAAGACACCUUGAAAUCGGUAAGGAAACAAUUAAGUCCUCUCUUCAAGGAGUUGCAGAAGAACAUCAGUGGCAGGAUGAUAGGGCAAUUUGUAUUUGACACCAUGAGUGUGGCUAACAUUCUGAAUAACCAAGAAAUCGUACAAGCUCUGGCAGAUGGAUUGAUGGAGCUUUCAAAAGAAAAUUCUGACAACCCUCUGGAAUUUUUGUCAUAUUUUCUGCUGAAGAAAUGUAGUAAAAAGAGCAAGCAUUUUGAAAGAAAUGUCAUUCUGACAAAAAGUGACCCAAAAGCAACACACAAUUUACUCACAAAGGAAAGAGAUGUUAUAGAAGAUAACCCUCAGGACACAAAACCAAGUCUCAGCAAAAAUGAUCCAAAUUUUGAGUUGCUGGUUAAGCUGGAGAGAAAACUCCAGCUGGAUUCAGCCGAAAAGCGAACGAGAGUCGUCAGGGAACUCUUCAAGAGCGAGAGAAAAUAUGUGCAGAUGCUGGAAAUUGUGAGAGAUGUUUACGUGAGGCCACUGAGAGCGGCACUGUCAUCAAACAGAGCCAUUCUGAGUGCUGCAAACAUCCAGAUCAUGUUCUCUGAUAUUCUGCAAAUCUUAUGUCUCAACAGGCGGUUUCUAGGUGACCUGAGAGACAGACUACAGGAAUGGGGCCCCGCUCACUGUGUGGGAGAAAUAUUCAUAAAGUUUGGAAGCCAGUUGAACAUGUAUACCAAUUUCUUCAACAAUUAUCCUAUGGUUCUAAAAACUAUUGAGAAGUGCAGAGAAAUGAUACCAGCAUUCCGAGCUUUCCUGAAGAGGCACGAUAAGACCAUUGUUACCAAAAUGCUGAGUCUUCCGGAGCUGCUUUUGUACCCAUCCCGAAGGUUUGAAGAAUAUCUUCAUCUUCUCUAUGCUCUGAGGCUUCACACUCCUGCAGAACAUAUUGACCGUGGAAACUUGACCAUUGCAAUUGACCAAAUCAAAAAUUACAAAGGCUACAUAGAUCAGAUGAAGCAGAACAUCAAUAUGAAAGAUCACCUGUUAGACAUACAGAGACUCAUCUGGGGGUGCCCUACUCUAUCAGAAGCAAACAGAUAUCUGAUUAGGGUUCAAGAUGUGGCCCAACUUCACUGCUGUGAUGAGGACAUAAGUCUCUAUUUAAGGCUCUAUGAACAUACCUGUGAUCUCAGUCUCUUCCUCUUCAACGAUGCACUGCUCGUUUCUAGUCGGGGUACAUCUCAUACUCCAUUUGAAAGGACUUCAAAAUCAACCUACCAAUUCAUUGCAUCAGUGGCACUUCAUAGGUUAAUCAUAGAAGACAUACCAGAUUCCAAAUUUAUCAAGAAUGCAUUUAUUCUUCAAGGUCCGAAACAUGAAUGGAUCUGUGCAACAGAAGUAGAAGAUGAUAAAUUUCUAUGGUUGUCUGUACUCCAAAAUGCCAUCAAAAGUAGUAUGGAAAAAUGAGUCUGGACCUCAGACAACAGGGGUGCCAAUCUGCCCUGACAAAGACAGCAUGUUGUUUUCUGUUCCAGAAGAUCCAGUAAGAAGCAGAAUAAUGGUUCAUCAUGGAUGAUCCGUGGAUGAACGAGGGGGGACUCAUAAAAUUCCUCCUAACUUUUAAACUUUAUCAUCUAUGCUCAAUUAGGUGAAAUGGAUAAGAAAAAUUUUAAAUGUAAAAAUUUGAACCACUUCUUUUGAUAGCUGUUUUUCAUGGACAGUAUUAUUUAAUCUGACUGACAAUACCUAAGGCUGAAUAAGGAUAUUGAGUAUUUAAAGAUUUGUUUUCUGAUCUAAUGAAAAAUAAAGUCAUAAUGAAAAGUAUUUCUUAAAUGAUCAGUCUAGAGAAAUGUCUUAAUCUGUUGGUGACUUACCAAUUAUCAACCUCUUUUAACAUUUCCAUGAAAUAGUUAUAGAUUUUAAAAAUAUGUAUAAGAAAUCUAAAUAGUACUUUACUAAAAAACUGGUCACAUACAUCCAUAAUGUGAAUGUAUUCCUACAGAGAGCA